GAGCCCUCUGCAGAGAUGUCAUGCAGGAGAACCAUCAGAAUGUGACCUCGCUGGAGUUCCCGAUUUUCAAACCUGAUGCGCUCUCCCAUCUGAAACAAGAGGAUGAACCAGGGGUCCCAGAGAUCUCUGAUUCAGAGGAGACAGAGAGCCUCAGGGAUGCAUACACAGCAGGUGAUGGGAUGGUGAGUGAGAACGAGGAGAAGAAACCUUCGCAGGAAGAUGCUGAGCAAGUGGAACCAUGCAGUGCAUUGCUGCAAAUAUCUCAGGAGGAUGUGUCCCAGAGUCAUGAGCAGAGAAAAGGUCGUGAGAGUCAGCACAGGCCAGAAAGGAGGCAGGGAAACAAGCCAAGGGAGAAAACAAAGAGCUCCAUUCAUUUUUGGAGACCUCACAAGUACCUUGAGGAAACCACAGCCCAACACAAAAUCCACACAGAAGAGAGAAAUAACCCAUGCAGUGAGUGCGGGAAAAACUUCAGUAGACGUUCUGACCUUAUUAAACAUCAAAGAAUCCACACAGGGGAGAGACCUUAUGAGUGCUGGGAGUGCAGGAAAAACUUCACUCGCAGCUCAAACCUCAUUGCACAUCAGAGGAUCCACACAGGAGAGAGACCCUAUGAAUGCAGCAAGUGUGGGAAAAGCUUCAUUUGGCGCUCAAGCCUUAUUACACAUGAGAGAAUACACACAGGGGAGAGACCUUAUGGGUGCUGUGAGUGUGGGAAAAAAUUCAUUGAGAGCUCAAAGCUUAGGAAACAUCAGCGAAUCCACAUGGGAGACAGCCCUUAUGAAUGCUGUGAGUGUGGGAAAAAUUUCACUCAGAGCUCAGACCUCAUUGCACAUCAGAGGAUCCACACAGGAGAGAGACCCUAUGAGUGCUGUGAAUGCGGGAAAAGCUUUGCUCGGAGCUCAGACCUUAUGAGACAUCAGAGGAUUCAUGUGGGAGCCAGACCUUAUGAGUGCUGUGAGUGUGGGAAAAACUUCGCUCGCAGCUCAGACCUUAUUAGACAUCAGAGGGUCCAUACAGCCUAGAGACACUACAGAUGCUCUGAGUGUGGGAAAGCUUGUCUCAGAACUCAGCCCUUACUUAUCAUCUGAGAAUUUGAAAGGGAAAUAAACACCACAAGAACUUUACCAAGGGCUGACAACAAGUUUUUUUUCUCUUUACUAGUUUUUGCUAAUUCCCUCUUAAAAGCUCUUUGAACUAUUUGCUUUACAUGGUCUCUCGGGUCCCCUAGGUGGGUUGCCCAUUUUUCUCUUUUGUAGCUAACCAUUCUUUGGGAUUAAUCCUCUGGUCCAUUCUAUCAACUCCUUUAUUCUAUGAAUCAUGGGAGCACGUGUCCUUCCUACCAGGAAUGUCAUUAGCUCCAGGGAACAGGGGUGACCUAAACUAGCUCCAUCGAGAUAAAAUUACCUGGCCCUCAUCUCCACUCAGAUUUCCCUUGGCCUUAGCUAGCUUGAUGUAAAACCACAACUAUUCCUGCAGUAAAGACAUAGCCUGUGUAUAGUAGCUGGGGGUGUCUAGCAGGUUUACUCAGAACCUCACCAGUGCUCCAUCAGUUUUCCUUGUCUAAACAACCCUGGAGCAUCUCUUUUGCUCUCACUGCAAAGUGAUUGUUAAAAUCACCAAGUUCCCCUUUGGGCACCGAUUUCCUUAUUCUCAUUGUUCUCACAUUGCCAUGGGUUGUGCUGAACAUCAGUUAUUUUUGUACCAUUUUCUCACUUAAAAUAUAUUUGAUUAUAGUAAAUUCUGUGACACCCAAAGACAAUCAGUUUUGUCGGAGGGAUUCCCUCCUUUCCCAUCAUCCCAGCAGUGUUUCCUUCUGUCUCAGCUGUGUAGAGUUUAUCUUUUUCACAUUUUUUUCCUCCACCUCCCAUAGUUUCCCAAGACACAGUGUUCUGAGCUCUCUGUGCUUGGGAAUCAAGAUUAGAUUUGUUUGAUAUUAAAUCAGACUCACUAGGUUUGGAGGUAAAAGAGUCACAGUCCUGGAAGGAGAUUUUUUAAUGAAUCUAAAACCAUGUGAUCAUUCUUAGUUUAAACCCCAUUUUUCAUCUAUAGGCAAAGCCACCUCCUGUCUUUUCCCUUCUGAGUUGGGAUUGUUUUUGGAUGGGAAGGCUGGCUGUUUUUUCCCAUUAUGAUGAUGCUAAAACUUUCCUAAAUCACAGGACUCAGUAACUGUGAGACAGCAUGGAGUGAAGCAGGUUUCAAAGGAUGAGAAGAGAAGAUGAUGGGAGAAUCUGUUGUCCUGAUUCUGAGUCAUCAGGUGUAUCCUGCUCUGGAAUUUAACAUUCUGUGAAACCAAAAGGUUCUUACCCCUCAGUGAGAGGUGGGUUUUUCUCUCUCUCCUGAAGGCCGUUUCGUUACAUAAAUGGACAUUAGUUUUGUUUGAUGGAAUGGAACAGAUUUCCUGGGGAAUUUGAGCCAAAUGGUAAAAUAGACUCUCUUUUUUUCCUUUUUCUUUUGCUAUUUUCCCACCCUGCCAUGAUGACCCGGAGAAAGUCCAAGUGCUGUUCAGUCAACAGGAGAAAAUACGCCAAGUUAUUGGACAUGCUAACAAAGCCAUAGUAGUGUGUUUAAAUCUUUGCUCUGAAAUCAUGAUCUACAGCAGACCCCAAACUGUGCAACUAAUUGAAGCCAGUUCAGAUGAUCACAGUGGUGUUCAUUGUUUAGGUCAAUAUUGUCUCAGGCGAUCCAUGGAGAGAAUUCCAAAGUAAGAGGCAUGGAACGGUGCAAGAUCCCCUUGUAUUUGGUUCUCAAACUGGUUGUGUCCCAGGCCCUACAGGAGGUUACGCCUGAAGAUCUUGCCUGGCUAAUCUUGUGAAUUAGGAAAUGUUGUCCCGAACUACGCAGAUGUGGAGGAAAGAGAAGUGGUGCUUUGCUGAACUCGCCCUUUCUAGUUGCUGCAAUUGUGUAUAAAAUGAAAUCAGUGUUGAAUGUGAGACAAUUGCAGAAAAAAACUAUUUUCUAAUAGAAACCCACUCUGGUAACAGUGAGACUUGGAUCCAGGGCUCUAAUCUGGUUCCUAACUUGGAUCUGUGACAUUUGAAAGAAAUAAACUGGGCAUGUUUGAGAGGCCAUUCUUCAUUAAAAGUACUCAGAUUUUGGGUGAUCUGGUAAAGGAUUCUACCAUGAAGAAGUGUAAAUUUACCCUGUCCAAGGCAAAGGAUUUGCAAGAACUCAGGUAGAAAUAACAGGCACGCACUUGUUCAUUUUCACCCCAGAGAAGAAGCUGUGGUACACUAUGAUCCAGGUCAAACUGUUUUUGGAACACCAUGGCUGCUACUCUGAAAACUGCCUAGUACAGUGGCACUGAUUACAUCCCCAAAGGACGCCAGGGUUAGAUUGGGAACAAUUGUCCUCUACUACUGAGAUCCAAAGUUCCAUGAGGCAAAGUGAGAAAUAGUUGAUGUCUUCAGAGGAGAUUCCUUCCCCAUGGAUCCCAGUCUGGCUGCCUUGUUGGACAACAAGGACGUUCAUGCUGUGGAAGGGAUGGUAACCAAUGAAGGAAUGAAUGGGUCAGGCCCAGAGUUCAGACUGCAGCAUUCACAAAUCUUGUGUCCUGAUUCUAUGCAUUUGUCUCUUAGUUUUGUUCUUGUGUCUUAUGCAUUUGGACCCCUUCUCCUCCAUCUCCUUCUACUUCGGAAGAUUACAAAGAGUAAAAAUAAAUCACAGGUGUUUUUUUAUCAUGAUGCAAACCUGCCCUCCUAGGAGACCCUUUCUACCAACACUUAUGGCAGAAGACCCAGAGAUAAAUGAACUAUCAGAAGUGGAAUGCACCUAUAUGAGGGGUAAACCGUAAUGGCUCUCUUGGUCUCAACUGGGAUUUCAAAGGAAACCAACACAUAUCAUAGAAUCAUAGGUUAGGGUUGGAAGAGACCUCAGGAGAUCAUCUAGUCCAACCCCCUGCUCAAAGCAGGACCAACCCCAACUUUGUCAGGGGCUUUGUCAAGCCGGACCUUAAAAACCUCCCUAGGAAACCCAUUCCAGUGCUUCACCACCCUCCUAGUGAAAUAGUGUUUUCUAAUAUCCAACCUAGACCCCCACAACAACUUGAGACCAUUGUUCCUUGUUCUGUCAUCUGCCAUCACUGAGAACAGCCGAGCUCCAUCCUCUUUGGAACCCCCCUUCAGAUAGUUGAAGGCAGCUAUCAAAUCCCUGCUCAUUCUUCACUUCUGCAGACCAAAUAAGCCCAGUUCCCUCAGCCUCUCCUCGUAAGUCAUGUGCCCCAGCCCCCAAUCAUUUUUGUUGCCCUCCGCUGGACUCUCUCCAAUUUGUCCACAUCCUUUCUGUAAUGGGGGGUCCAAAACUGGACUCAGUACUCCAGAUGUGCCCUCCCCAGUGCCAAAUAGAGGUAAAUAACACUUGCCUUGAAGUGCUGGCAAUGUUCCUACUAAUGCAGCCCAAUAUGCCGUUAGCCUUCUUGGCAACAAGGGCACAUUGCUGACUCAUAUCCAGAUUCCUGUCUGCUGUAAUCCCCAGGUCCUUUUCUGCAGAACUGCCACUUAGCCAGUCGGUCCCUUGUUUGUAGCAGUGCAUGGGAUUCUUCCAUCCUAAGUGCAGGACUCUGCACUUGUCUGUGUUGAACUUCAGCAGAUUUCUUUUGGCCCAAUCCUCCAAUUAGUCUAAAUCACUCUGGACCCUAUCCCUCUCCUCUAGCAUAUCUACCUCUCCCCUCAGCUUAGUGUCAUCCAUGAACUUGUUGAGGGUGUAAUCCAUCAGAUCAUUAGUGAAGAUGUCGAACAAAACUGGCCCCAGGACCGACCUCUGGGGCACUUUGCUUGAUACCAUCUGCCAACUAGACAUGGAGCCAUUGAUCACUACCCGUUGAGCCCGAUGAUCUAGCCAGCUUUCUAUCCACCUUAUAGUCCAUUCAUCCAAUCCAUACUUUAACUUGCUGGCAAGAAUACUGUGGGAGACCAUAUCAAAAGCUUUGCUAAAGUCAAAGUAUACCACGUCCACCACAUUCCCCAUAUCCAUAGAGCUACUUAUCUCAUCGUAUAAAAUUUUGCAAUCUUUAGGUGUGUCAUUGAUACCAAUGAAAAAGAAAUUAAACAUGAAUUUUUUGGUUAAAGAGUAAGAUGCUAAUAAUGUGGUAACCUGAAUUAUAUUGGAAAACUGAAGUAUAUGUUGUUUUUUUUUCUUUUUUAUUACUAAUAUAGGCAAUGGUGAUUAAUGCUGUAAAGUUUAUUUGGGAUAAUUUAUCCCCCUUGGACAGAGGAGUUCUGACUUCAAACCUUACUCCAAAACUUGGGGUGGGAGAAGUAAUGGAUCUGAGAGUACAAACUCCAUAGAGAAUUUAAUUAUUUGUAUUUCAAAUGGAAUUCAUUUGGAUAAGUGCUAAAGUAAAUGUCUGUAAAGAGGAAAA